AUGAAGGCCAAUAAUCUAUCGGAAUUUCUCUUGAGCAGAGAAACAGGAUCUAUUCCAAGCCAUAUCACAACACAGCGAUUCCCAAUGAGGUCAUCAUGGACUCCGAAAGUAAUUUCUAUUCAGUUAAUCUUUCCUCAUAUGGACGUAACGAAUUCUGUGAUAUGAAUCAAAGGAAGAGAAAAUUAUACCAUUUCACUUAAUAAAAGUGGCAAGGCUGUCUACCGAACAAUUUUGCCAUUAUCUCCUCCAAUUAUGCUUUCACAACCAAAUGAGCAUGUUUACAAGGUGUGUUUAUCAUCGAAAGGGGCUUUUCUUAUUCUCAAACGCAACAAUGAAAGGUACUUGCAAUUCUUCACAAUUUCAGAUGAAAGCUUGAAAAAUGGGUCACUAACACGAGUAAGAGUCCUUGAAAAAUUAGUUAUUGAGUUUCGAAGUUACGAAGAAAUCGACUACGAACGGCAGAUAUUAUCAGUGAAAGUGGGAAAUAGAUAUCAAUUAUGGAGUCUUGAGUCCGAGGAAAUCAUCUUGGAUUACCCACUUCCUCCAAGUACAAAAAUAAGGUAUUAUAAGGGAUACCUUAUUCUUUGCAGCCAAGAAGAAAGAGGCCUGAAAUUCACAGUAAGGAAUAUUGACAACAGCGAGAUGUACUUGGUAAGAAUCAUGGGAGGCAGCAACGUCUACCACUUUGAAGUAUGCCGAAACUGACUUGUAGUCAGUAUGAAAGAGCAUCAUAUUCAGCUAAUAAAUCUCAUAACCAAAGAAACUAUGCUGCAUUUAUUAAAUGUUUCCUAUUUGAAGGGAAAAAAAUUGCACUAUUGACAAAUUUCUUAUUUCUUUCUUUCAGCUGAUUACUGUAUAAAUGAAUCAAGAAAGGCGAUGUGACACAAUAUUAUGAAAUCGACUGUGAGGACGACAGUUUGCUGACUUUCAGCGAUGGCUCUGCAGUCUUGAUCUCUAAUCCUGACAUAGACUUUACAUUGGGGUCUCCGAACAGCAUGUAUGUAGAUAUUGAAGGCAUGCUUCUUGCUUUCAGUAAUGACACAAGUGCGAUAAGAGUAUUAGAUCUGAAGACCUCAAAAAUUAUAAACUCAAUUGAAGUCAAAAAAAGAGGCGAAGUCACUUGUAUUGGCCUUAAUGAUGAAACUCAGCAAAUUUUCGUUGGUUUAAAAUCUGGGAAGAUCUGCUUGCUAGAUUAAAACAUUAGAGAUGAAUAGGCACUGAGCCCAUAUUGUUCUAAAUUAUAAUUCUAUGAUGCAAUUAAUCUUAAUUAGCAUAG